UGUGAUUUUGUGAGUUGGGAUUCAUGGAAUAUGAGAAGGGCAUUGAACAUAAUUUCACGCAAGAUGGCACUACAGAUCUUAAGGGUAGACCCAUCCUUCGAUCAAAAACAGGGAGAUGGAGAGCUUGUUACUACAUGAUAGGCUAUGAAGUGUGUGAAAGAAUGGCAUACUAUGGAAUAGCAACAAACUUGGUGUUAUACUUAACAAGGGAAUUGCAUGAAGGCACAGUGAAAUCAUCGAACAAUGUCACAAAUUGGGUGGGAACUGUGUGGAUGACGCCUCUUUUAGGUGCAUAUAUCGCCGACACAUACUUGGGAAGAUAUUGGACUUUCAUGAUUGCUUCGGUCAUUUAUUUUCUGGGCAUGUGUUUAUUGACUCUUGUGGUUUCACUACCAACUCUUAAGCCACCAACAUGUGGCAAACAUGUGAGUUACCUAGAUUGCGAUAAACGGGCCUCUUCAUUCCAAGUUGCUAUUUUCUAUUGUGCACUUUACAUUAUUGCGAUUGGGACCGGUGGAACCAAGCCCAACAUCUCGACAAUGGGUGCAGAUCAGUUUGAUGAUUUUGAGCCCAUGGAAAAGGCUCAUAAGCUCACUUUUUUCAAUUGGUGGAUGUUUAGCAUCUUUUUUGGCACCCUUUUCUCUAAUACAUUCCUAGUGUAUAUUCAAGAUGAUGUGGGUUGGGCCUUAGGGUAUGGUAUCCCUACAUUGGCUCUCCUUGUGGCCAUAAUAGCCUUUAUAUUUGGUACACCAACUUAUAGGCACAAACCAAUAGUAGAAAGCCCAUUUACUAAAAUUGCCAAAGUACUAGUUGCCACUUUUAGAAAGAGACAUGUAGUUUUACCUAUUGACCUUAAAGAGCUACAUGAGUUACCUUUAGAUGAGUACUCUAGUCACGGGAAGUAUAGAGUCAGCCAUUCGAGUUCGUUACGGUUCCUCGACAAAGCUGCAGUGAAGAUCGAUGAACCAGCUUCGGAAUGGAAGUUGUGUCCGGUGACUCAAGUCGAGCAGACAAAACAAAUGGUCAAAAUGAUCCCAAUAUUGUUUGCAACAUUUAUCCCUAGCACAUUAGUGGCCCAAAUACACACUUUUUUCAUCAAACAAGGCACAACGUUGGUUCGAUCCAUGGGACCACAUUUUGACAUCCCACCAGCUUGUCUAUCAGUAUUUCUUACGAUCUCCAUGCUAAUUAGUAUUGUAGUUUAUGAUCGGUUAUUUGUUCCUUGGGUUCGCAAAUACACAAAAAACCCACGAGGCAUUACUUUGUUGCAACGAAUGACAAUUGGAAUCAUCCUCCAUAUCAUUACAAUGAUAGUCGCUAGUCUUGUAGAAAGACAACGACUAAGUGUUGCUAAAGAUCAUGGUAUAUCUGAGAAAGGACAAAUCGUGCCUUUGAGCAUAUUCAUUCUCCUUCCUCAAUUCGCGUUGAUGGGUGUCGCUGAUUGUUUCUUAGAAGUCGCUAAACUUGAGUUUUUCUACGAUCAAGCGCCUGAAGGAAUGAAAAGCCUUGGGACUGCUUAUUUUACAACUAGCUUGGGUGUCGGGUUUUUUCUAAGUAGUUUUAUACUAUCGACUGUGUCUGAUGUUACCAAGAGGAAUGAACACAAAGGUUGGAUACUAAACAACCUGAAUGAAUCACAUAUAGACUACUAUUAUGUUUUUUAUGCUAUUUUGAGCUUCGUAAACUUCUUUUUCUUCCUCGUUGCCGCAAAAAACUUUGACUACAAUGUUGAAGUUGAUGAAACCAAACAAGAGUUGGAAAACAAGAUAUUGGGAAGUUCACAAAGCAAAGGUAUGUUGUCAGAUGAUGAUCAUAAAAUGUAA